UGGAGGUGCCUAGAGACGAGAAUAGUUCCCAUCGCAUACACUCGCGCGAUCAAGGAUAUGUACGAUGGGGCUAUGACUAGGGUAAGGUCCUCCGGGGGCGACUCUGAGUCAUUCUCAGUAGGGAUGGGGUUGCACCAGGGGUUUGCCCUUAGCCCUUUUUUGUUCGCCUUGGUGAUGGACGUCCUAACUCAAGGUGUUCAAGAAGGGGUCCCAUGGUGCAUGCUUUUUGCGGAUGAUAUCGUGUUUAUCGACGACACACGUGAGGGACUAAACGAUAAGUUGGAACGAUGGCGCCUUGCCCUUGAGACUAAAGGAUUUAGAAUAAGUAGGAAUAAGACUGAAUACAUGGAAUGUCGUUUCAGCGGCCGGGAAACAGAAUUAGAAGUGGAAGUUAGGACUGACUCUCACGUAGUACCUAAGGUAGACAGAUUCCGAUAUCUUGGCUCGGUAAUCCAGGCGGAUGGGGAGUUAGACGGGGAUGUUGGACAUCGUGUUGGAGUGGCUUGGGCCAAAUGGCGGUUGGCCUCAGGGGUGUUGUGUGACCCGAAGAUUUCACCCAGGAUGAAAGGCAUGGCGCCGGUGGAAGAUAAGUUGCGGGAAGCGAGGUUGAGAUGGUUUGGGCAUGUGAGACGUCGGGAUGUUGAUGCCCCUGUACGGAGGUGCGAGAGGAUCACGGUUAUCGAGGGAAGUAGAGGAAGGGGUAGACCUAGGAAGAAUUGGAAGGAGGUGAUUAGGCAGGAUUUAGGACUUCUCACCCUGACUGAGGAUAUGGCUUUAGAUAGGAACCUUUGGCGGACUAGGAUUAAAGUAGCUGGUUAGGAGCGCGGUGCUGCAGAGGUUUUUGUAGUGUGUUGUGUUUGAUUGGAAUCUUCUACUUUUGCUUGCUGGACUUUCAUUUCAUUGUACUUGGUGCUUUAGCCUGUUAUAUCGUGUUAUAUCUUGUUACUUUGUUAUAUUAUGUUCCCUACCAUAUUUUUGUGCAGGUUGAGCCGGGGGUCUCUUGGAAACAGCCUCCCUACUUCCGAGUAGGGGCAAGGUCUGCGUACACACACCCUCCCCAGACCAUACUGUAGUGGGAUUCAACUGGGUUG